AUGAGGCCUCAGCUGAGACGGAUCUUGUAUUCAAAUAGCUGCCGUCUCAGCUCUUGUCAACAGUUCCUACGCCCUUCUCAGGCGCUCUCAUCCCCCAGUUUUGCGAGGCCUCCACUGGCCAGAUCGUACACAACCCCUGCAUCAUUCAGGAGAGUCUCUGCUACGAGAUACGAAAACCCAAGCAAGGCCUCACUUCUCGCCCCACCUGUCGCAACAAGUCUUGGCUACUCUGCGCGUGUCCGCGUUGCUGGUCUCACCCUUCAGAGGUCUUAUACGACUCCCUCUAGCAGAUCAACCUCAGAUUCAACCAGGCGCCCACUUGAAGCAAGCUCUCUAUCCUCAGCUGUUGUAGCUGCGACUGUACUUGCAGCUGUUCUUAUUGCCUCGGUGUGGUCCACGACAGGCUCAACCAGCAACUCUUAUUCACAAGAAUCCGAUCAAGACAUUGAAAUCAUGUCUCUCCAAGUUCCCCCCGGUCGACCGGGAAACCUAACUCCUGAGCAAGAGGAGAAGCUUCGCAAGCUAUGGGCUGCCAUCUUCCAGCUCACCGGUGUGGCCGAUGACGACAGUACUGGCGCUGAUCUUCUCUCCCCCAAGGAUCCAGAGGAGGCUAACGCUGCGGGUGGUGAGAAGAAGAAGCGAUUUGGCGUCUUCCGAAAGGGCAAGUCUGGCACUUCAACUCCCACAGAGGCUUCCGUCGAGGAGGACAAGUAUGGCCAGACGAAGCACUUCUACGACACCCUGGCCAAUGAGACCCCUGAGUCCAUCCACCACACCAUCUGGAGCAUGGUGAAGCAUGACCACCCUGACGCUCUCGUCCUGCGCUUCCUCCGCGCACGAAAAUGGGACGUGGAGAAGGCUCUGGUGAUGUUGGUGUCGACCAUGCACUGGAGACACAACGACAUGCGUGUGGAUGACGACAUCAUGAAGAACGGUGAUGCCCUUGCCAUUGAGGAUGAGAAGAAUGCCGAUUCCCCUACCAAGCAGGUGAGCGCCGACGUCAUGGCACAGCUCCGAAUGGGCAAGAGUUUCUUGCAUGGCACCGACAAGAAUGGCCGGCCUAUUUGCGUUGUCAGGGUUCGCCUUCACAAGAUUGGUGCGGAGUGCGAGCAAAGUCUGGAGAGGUACACAGUCUAUAUCAUUGAGACUGCUCGUAUGGUCCUUGAGCCUCCAGUUGACACUGCUUGUGUCAUCUUUGACAUGACGGGCUUCUCCAUGGCUAACAUGGACUACGCCCCUGUCAAGUUCAUGAUCAAGUGUUUCGAGGCCAACUACCCCGAGUCUCUUGGUGCUGUCCUGGUGCACCGCGCCCCCUGGCUGUUCCAAGGCAUCUGGAAGGUUAUUCGUGGAUGGUUGGACCCUGUCGUUGCGGCCAAGGUUCACUUCACCAACAACCGCGCCGAGCUCGAGGAGUUCAUCGCCCCAGACCACCUUAUCAAGGAGCUCGACGGCGACGAGGACUGGGAGUACAAGUACAUCGAGCCCGCCGCCGGCGAGAACGACAAGAUGAAGGACACCGAGACCCGGGACCGCCUGCUCGCGGAGCGCGCCGAGCAGGUCAAGCAGUUUGAGCACGCGACCCGGGAAUGGAUCCGCCAUCCAGACGGCGAGAAGAGCGCCGAGAUCAAGGCGGAGCGCGAGAAGAUCUCCAAGUCGCUGAGGGAGGGCUACUGGACCCUGGACCCUUACAUCCGGGCGAGGACACUCUACGACAGACAGGGUUCUAUCCAGAGCGGCGGCAAGGCCAACUGGUACUCACCUGUUCCCCCGGCGGCUGGAACUUCUGCUGCUACCGCCGCUGAUGAUGUAGACUAG